AUAGUAUUUAGCUUGUACACAGCCAUUGUCACUGCUCUUGACGUAGUACAAGACUUUUAGAACUAGCCAACAUGAUUUUUGUAUGAGGCAUAUUAGGUAAAUAAAUUCGCAUGAAGGUAUUUGCUCUUAUAGACAUCAAAAUAGGUGGUUAUCUACCUAAGUAAACACAAAACUCGAAAUCAAAAUAUUCUAAGUCAUUGAGAAUACAAUCGCUCACUCUAAAUUCACACCGCCAAGUUGAGCAUACACCUACAUUUUCAACCGUCAAACAAAAAAUGCAAAAAUACGAAGGAAUUUGGCGCAAACGCCAAUUGUUGCCAUGCUGGAUUCUGCAAAUCCUCGCAGCCUUGGUUUUCGUCGUUGUCUCAUGCCUUCUCCUCGUCGCAGCCGGCUACGUUCAGAGGAAUUACCACAAACAUUCCUCUAACGGUUACCGAUACAGCUAUUACGGAUACAGUUACACUCAACUAGUCGAAUAUGCUCGAAUUACAGGAGGCGUUGUCCUCGCUCUCAGUCUCGGCACCGUUAUCCUUAAUAUCCUCGAAAUGGUAUUUUACGCCCGGCGCAUCUUAAGUCCCGUCUUUCUACUCUCGUCCGCAUGCGUUAAGACAUUGGUCUGGGUGGCGUACCUUGUCCUUUCUAUCAUUGCUGCAGUUACUGGAUCCGCUAGCAUUCUAGACCUACUCCUCAGUUUGGUGCUCGCUGUUACGAGCAUUGUGCAGCUUGUCUUCGGCGCCGUGUAUACGCAUCGGAAGCGUAAGGGUUUACUGAAUCGGGGUAGCUAUAAGGCGGCGAACGUGGAGGAAGGAUAUAAUAUGAAUACCAAAUAUGAUGGUGCAGCUCCCCAAUAUGCACCUCAAUAUGCUCCUCAAUACGCCCCUUAGGAGGAUUGAGGUUGGGAAGUUAUAGUCUUUAUCGGUUUAUGAGUUAUGAAUAGAUUUUUGUUAUAGAUAAUUGAAAUGAAACAAUGAAGGUAUUCCUGCCUUACCAACUGUUACAUGGGGGAUCUAUUUACCCAGAUCUGAAUUCCAAACGUUUCCUUACGAUCCUGUGCCGUGUGAUCCUCUGUAACGCCACGCGAGCUUGUUUGAACUUCAGCGGAGCAUCGGGAAUAAGAUCGAGGUAUGUUUAACUCCUGUAAAGUCCUUGAUCAUGAUAUCGAAUCCAGCACUGAAGAAAACGGAGCGGAGCGCGUUUCAGCUGCCAAGACUCUAGACUUGAGUCGUUUCAACACCCCGUUCUACCCGCUGAGGCUGAGGAUAUUUUGUCUGAAGAAAAUCCUGAUUUGGAUAGGGAGCGUUAAUAAGGUCUAACAGAAAAGACGAAGCGUUAAGCGAGGUGAAAAUAUAUUUAUUUUCACCUAGGUCAGUUUUCAAUUGGCUAAUAGGUAGGAGAAAAGCAAGGCAGCGUCGAGAACGUAGCCGCAUUUCGAUUUCCCUUUACCGGUAGGGCAGCGCUAAUAAUAAGUGUUACAUCCCGUAUGCAGGCUGCCUCUCGUGGGAAUAUAUUGGUGUCGGGUGUCAAAUUGACGAGGGCCAAUUAAUAAUUCUCGUGCUAGUUGUGACAAGAUCUGUAUAUAGUGAUGUCUUAUAGAAUAGG